AAUUAGAAGCAAUGGAAAAGGUCAUAGAAAAUGCAUCGUAGUGAGAGCCCUGCUAAGGCCAGGGUGCAAAGCUGGCUGUUACCUUCCCUUAGACAUGCACAUUUCCCCCCUUCCUUGAGUCAUUUCUUAUGUUUUCCCUGUGUUGCACUUCAGGGAUUAUUUUACCCAAGUGUAUAUAUUUCCCCCCAUCUCCACUUAUGUCUCCCAGGGGCUUUUGCAUUUAAACAGAAAGCAUUUGGAAGACUGAAGCCCAUUCAGAAACAGAGAAAUAGCUUUCUACGCAAACGCUUCCGCAAAAGGCGAGAUGUUUCAUUAAAAUACAUUUCCUCAUUUCCUCGGUGUGUCCACCUGAUGGAAUAAAACAUUGGCUUGUAUUCCCCUCACAAAAGAGACAGUCAUCCUGUUCUCCUGACUUGGGGGCGACCCUGCUUUUCCCUCGCUGCCCAUCAGUUGGCGCCUUUUGCCUUCCCCCACAACCCCCACCACCGAUCCAGCUUUGGGGGCUGCAGUCGCUCCACAGCUCGCAGGUCACAUGUCCUGGCAGAACGAGGGGAGCCCUGCGCGGGAGCGGCUACGGGAGUAGGCGAGGCUUCCGCUGCUCCAGCCCGGCGGGGUUCUGCGAAGGCGCCUCCUCUGAGAUCGGCCAGCCUGGGCUACAGCGGCGGCCGCGACGGCGGCCUUGGUAAGCCAGGACACAGCUGACUGCCUCCUCCACGGGGUUUGACUUAAUGAUUCUGCCUGAGGUCCAGGAUGCUUUGUUCUUGGGACCAGACGUGACCAAAAGUUGACCUCAUGACCACGUCAACCUCUCAAGCUGCCAUGCUUCUCCGGAGGCUUCGGCGACUCUCCUGGGGCAGCACUGCUGUCCAGCUCUUCAUCCUAACUGUGGUGACAUUUGGCUUGCUGGCCCCCCUGGCCUGCCACCGGCUCCUGCACUCAUACUUCUAUCUACGCCAUUGGCAUCUGAACCAGAUGAGCCAGGAGUUCCUGCAGCAAAGCUUGAAGGAGGGAGAGGCUGCCCUUCACUACUUUGAAGAGCUGCCCUCUGCCAAUGGUUCAGUGCCCAUCGUGUGGCAGGCCACCCCCCGCCCCUGGCUGGUGAUCACCAUUAUCACUGUGGAUAGGCAGCCUGGCUUCCACUAUGUCUUACAGGUAGUGUCCCAGUUCCAUCGGCUUCUGCAGCAGUGCGGCCCCCAGUGUGAGGGGCACCAGCUCUUCCUGUGCAAUGUGGAACGGAGUGUGAGCCAUUUUGACGCAAAGCUGCUCUCUAAGUAUGUCCCUGUGGCCAACCGCUACGAGGGCACCGAAGAUGAUUAUGGUGACGACCCUUCGACUAACUCGUUUGAGAAAGAGAAGCAAGACUAUGUCUAUUGCCUGGAGUCAUCGCUGCAGACCUACAAUCCAGACUAUGUCCUGAUGGUAGAGGAUGAUGCCAUUCCAGAGGAACAGAUCUUCCCAGUAUUGGAGCACCUUCUGCGGGCUCGCUUCUCCGAGCCACACCUCCAAGAUGCCCUGUAUCUAAAGCUCUAUCACCCCGAGAGGCUACAGCACUACAUCAACCCAGAGCCCAUGCGGAUCCUAGAGUGGGUUGGCGUGGGCAUGCUGCUGGGGCCUGUGCUAACCUGGAUAUACAUGAAGUUUGCCUGCCGCCCAGGCUUCAGUUGGCCUGUCAUGCUGUUCUUCUCUCUGUACAGCAUGGGGCUGGUGGAACUGGUGGGCCGCCACUAUUUCCUGGAACUGCGACGCCUGAGUCCCUCCUUGUACAGCGUGGUUCCUGCCUCUGAGUGUUGCACCCCAGCCAUGCUCUUCCCUGCCCCUGCAGCCCGCAGGACCCUCACCUACCUGUCCCAGGUGUACUGCCACAAGGGCUUUGGCAAGGACAUGGCACUGUACUCUCUGUUGAGAGCCAAGGGGGAGCGGGCCUAUGUGGUGGAGCCCAACCUUGUGAAACACAUUGGGCUCUUCUCCAGCCUCCGGUACAAUUUUCAUCCCAGUCUACUCUAGGAGUGCCAAGAAAUGCCUUUCUGCAAUUGGCUAUUUCCUGGAGAGGCACAGUGAACUCUUUAUUUAGACAUGGUUGCUUGCAGAUAUUCCGUUGUUUAAUGUCUCUAGGUAAUAAACAUACUGGGACAGUGGAGGAAUGCAUCUGAGUCAAGAGCCUUGACUAGUAAUCGUCCAGCAAGAGUAGCAGUUUGCCACAGGUCUGGAUCUCUGUCCCUCCACACAGCCACACUGCCUCAUGCAGUCUGUCCCACUCAAUAAGGAUGAAUGUCAGUGACAGUUGCCUUCUCCCAUUGACUGUAAGCUCUGCCUCGUGUCAGAGCUUGUGACUGCCAAAAAUCUUGUGCACAGUGGUGUAAGACUUGAGUUAGGAUUUUAAGGGUAGAGUAUGGUAAGCAGUCAAAUGUUUUUGAAUGGAUUCCUUUCUCAGAGGUAUGAGAAUGGAUGCCUGCUUAGAUUAUAUGCCCAAAGAGGCAGGGCCGUGUUGACAUAUUCUAUUUGUUUUCCUCAACCUGGUGUAAUAAACAUGUAAAAGUUGUGCUGCGCUA